AAAUUGUCAAUAAAAGAGUGGGAGUGAAUUAUUAGAUGGUGGUUUUAUUUACUUUUUUGUUUUUGGUUUUAGAUAAAUAACCAAAUUAAUUGGAAAGGACGAAAUUUGGGGUGGCGAAUCAUAACCUCAAACAUCUACAAUAACCACUACUUUGGCGAAAUUUUUUGUUUGAAAAAGCUCAUUUUCGAUGGAUAGCUUAUCAGAUAAUUCUGACAGUGUUAUCACGGACUCUAAAAGCAACUUUCAAAAUAUUGCAGCUGUGGAAAGAGGUCGGAAAGCCGUGGAUAUCAAAAGACCUGUACUUCUAUUACGGUAUCCAAAAACCGAAUUAUACCCGUCACGUUCAGAAAGUGAAGCUUUAACUUCAAUGGGUUAUGGUUUUGCUCCUGACAUGCCUGUGUUUGGUUUAACUUGGAAUAUUGAUCAAAUUAAUGAAUACAUUUACUCAUUGUAUCCUGAUGUGCCUCUGCGCACAGUGGGAUUUAAAAUGGCAAAAUGUGACCGCACAAAAAAAAUACAUAUGCUGAGGGCUGUUGAAAAUGUGAAAGAACUGAAAGAGGAAUUGGGUAACAGUAAAUUAAUUCUCAUACCUGAGGAGGAGCUACCUGAGAGACCUAUUGUACUAGGACCAAGCGAAGAAGACAGUUCUACACCUACUAGGCGUAGUGAAAGGAAGUCGCACAGUAGAUAUAAAAUCGACGAGGAGGAUGAUUAUGAAGUCAUAAUCGAAAACGGGCAACACCCUAAACCUAAGGAAAAUCCGGAAGAACCUCACGAAGAAUUUUCUGUUGAAAAAAUUCUAGACAAAAGAACACGCAAUGGCAGAGUUGAAUAUCUCUUAAAAUGGAAAGGCUAUACAGACUUUAGAUCUGACAAUACAUGGGAACCAGAAGAAAACUUGGAUUGUCCUGACCUGAUAGCAACAUACGAAGCUCAGUUUGAAGUAGCUGCUAAAGUGGAUCCAGACGAGAACGAAAAAGCUAAUAAACGGAAAAACAUCACCGAAGACAGCAGAGCCCGUGGCUUUGAUCGCGGGCUCGAACCUGAUAAAAUUGUUGGCGCAACGGACGCAAGUGGGGAGUUAAUGUUUCUCAUGAUGUGGAAGAACUGUAGGGAAGCCGACUUAGUACCUGCAAGUCAGGUUAAUCUAAGGUGUCCAGAAGUGGUGAUUAAUUACUAUGAAAACAAGCAGCAGUGGUAUUGCAAGCAAAGUGUUAUUGAAAUUGAUUAAACUGAGUCAAAGAUGCAAUGUGUAAUAUGAGAAAAAUAGUUUUUAUAUUAAAAACAAAGAUUUUUAUUAAAGUCGAUAAUACGCA